CAGGAACACAGCCCUGAACCGCUAUUGACCAAUACGAACGCUGGCAUUUCCCGUCCCGUCUCUUUCCGUUUUCUGACAAGAUGACGACUGUGGCCUCCCAGGUCCGCCUCUCGCCCGACCAUCUGGGCAUCGCUCGUACCGACGACGGCCUCGCCGACGGUGCGCUCGAGGUCGCUAACGAGCUCCUGCAGAAGAACCAUGACGAGUGGCACAUGUACUUCCAGGACAUCGCCGGCCACAACCACAUCCCCCACAGCCUGCUCACAAUCCUGGCCAUGGGCGGGGGGCCCGAUCAACUGCGCCGCGCUUACGACGACGGCGAAAUCCUGCAGCGUCCCCUGCCCCCGCUAGCCCCUGGGUCGAUCGACUCGCUGGCCGACCCGGACGUGUUCCUGUCCCGCAUGGUCAAGAUCCCCGAGUACACCAACUUCCUCGUCUUCUUCGAGCGCGAGAUCGAGAAGAAGGGCUGGCAGGCCGUCGUCAACGAGUACUGCUUCGCCGGCACCCCCGUCGCCGAGAACGUCUUCGCCCAGCUCUACGAGGGUCUCUACCACCCGCUCAUACACCUGGCCUUCGGCGUCGAGUUCCACCAGCCCAGCAUCGUCGCCGAGGGCCUGGCGCAGGCGGCCUCGCACCACCCCGGCCUCAUCUGGACCGACUUCUUCCGCCGCGCCGAGGCGCUCGCCCGCUCCGGCACCGUCUCGCCCAAGCCGCUCGUCGAGUUGUACAAGGCCGUGCGGGCCAACGCGAAGAUCCGCGCCGCCGCCCGCCUGCAGGACGGGCCCUUCCGCGGCCAGGGCAUGAUCGAGCGUGCCGCGGACGAGCUGGUGCCCAUCGCCGCCCAGUUCCAGGUCACGCCCGACAACCUGCAGCGCGCGCUGGCCGAGGUCAUCAGCUGCUCCGCCUUCACCACGGCCGCGCAGAAGGCCGGCAAGGUGCCCAAGGUGGACUUCUUCUACUUGCACAUGGUCACCUCGGCCCUCGCGGUCGACAUCCUGGUGCGCCAGGACUGGAUCUCGAUCGAGAACAAGGCCCGCCUGGUCGAGUGGAAGGGGCGCAUCGACCUGGCCUGGUACGCCGCCAACGCGGCGCCCGAGCUGCGCGCCCAAGUGCUCGACCAGUACCGGCCCACCCUGAGCAAGGGCAUGGGCUGGAAGGAGCUGUACCGCGCCGCCAACGAGGUGCACGACGACGGUCACAUCGUCAAGUUCAUCCGUUCCCUCAAGAACGGCGAGGACGUCGUCAAGCCGUUCGAGCAGGCCCCCGGCGCCGCCGACUACUUCCCCGUCCAUGGCGACAUGUGGCUCAAGACGGCCCAGUUGUGCUACGACGGUACCGCCGAGAUCAUCGACGAGCCCAACCGGCUGCUGUCCAAGAAGUGGGUGUUUGGCGCCGGUUUCGAUCUCGCCUGGGCCGAACUUCCGGGCUUGUCCCAGUAAGCUACCACCUGACGGGCAGAUAAGGUAUGUACAUACAUACAGUACCUUACUACAUAGUGUAGCUAGCGUAAUUAGAUGUUAGGGUAGCAUAGGUAGUCCCCCAAAUCAGUGCAAGCCAAGUUUGAGAGCACAUGCAUCCCCCCUCCCCCCCCCUCCAGGCACCCUAAGGAAGAAAAAGAUGAAAAAAGAACAUGAAACCAUGCAACAUCAUGUAAGGUGACGGAUAACCUUCAUGCAGUGCUCCCUACGGAAGUAGAUCAGUUACCGGUCACAGUGUGUGUGCGAAUGAUUUUGGGAA